CGUCCGUUCGCGUUCGUUGUCGUCGUCGCGGUUUCGUCUCCGCCGCUGCUGUCUCCGCCGCACCGGCCCCGGGCGCUUCGAGUACUUACACGUUUUUUUCGAGCCAGCGACGUUUCACCGUGCCCGACCGAAAUCCGUCGCCAGCCCCGCAGUGUAUUUUGGUAUCGCCGUGUACACUAGUGCGUGCAAAAAUCUCCAUUUGUAUUGUGAGGUUGAGGUCAUAGCCAAUGAAUUUGGAUUACUGAACCAUCUGAACGUCAGAACAAUACACAAAUACACCUGCACCUAGGCUAAGUGUUCCUACGGUUACAGUCGUAAAAUUGUGAUGAUCGAGACUCCGUCGUCAUACAGGUUUUAAACGAUUUGUUAUUCGAGUUGGUUUAUAUUGGACGGUGAAAAAAGAUAAAAGGAUCCAAAAAAAGCAACCAUGUUGAAACACGUGCACCGAGCAAAAUGUGCCGACACGCUUAGCAUUGUGUCUACAGCAAGUUCUUUCAACCAUGAGCCAAUGUCUAGUAGAUGUUCAAGUGUAACGUCGCUGAACAUUUCAAAUCCAGUUGAUACAAUUAAAGUGUACACAAAGUGUUUGCGUUCCGAUCUCGAGUACAAAACACUUGGACUGGCUUAUUCGACGACUUGCAGUGAAGUGAUAUCUAUUCUACUCAACAAAUACCGAAUGCGUCACAGAGAUCCAAAUUUGUUUUUCAUGACCAUGGAAAUAAAUCUCAGAAAAAUAGGACUCAGAACUGUAUUCGUCCUGGAUAACGAAUCAUGUCCUGCCGUGUUACAGUCAUGCCACCCCAGAGGAGAAUCGAGGUUUUGCUUGCAAUCCAAAAAAGGUGGCCUUGUGAAAGUUUAUGAUGGCGAAUUAAUGCCGGGGUCCAAGUAUAAGAGUUUAUUGAUAUCUGAACGUACGACCGUCGACGAGUUGAUCAGAAUAUUACUAAAUUGUUAUAAUAGCAAAGAACAAGUCGAACAGUUUUCUUUGUACGAGUUAUCGAAAUCCGAAGAAUACCAACGCAAACUCCAUCAUGAUGACAUACCAUUGAACGUGCAAUGUUGUUGGCCGGUCAAUAGUGACUACAUUUUUCUCAUUAAAAGGAAUCCUAAUUAUAAGUCGAAACAAGUGCAGACGAUUUGGACUGAACAUCACAAUCAAGAAGAAGAACCUUCAAUAAACGAAUACGAAAAUUUUAUUUAUAUAUAAUAAGUGUUGAUGUAUCAAAUCCAUCAUGUAUAUAUACACCGUAAUUGUCACUGUGACCGUGUUAUAUUACUAAUAAGCGACUGUUUUUGUAUAGCCGAUCAAACGGUUUACAAAUUUUUUCAUGAGUUAUUUAUAUAAGUUUUUAAGUGUAGAUGUAUGUACAAAAUAUCUAUUAGUUUUUUACUUAUACAAUAAUUAAUGUCUAUGUUUGAGGUUUUAAUGUAGUUAUAAAAUAUAUGGUCUAUGGAGCUACUGCACAAUAGUAGCGCGUAGAAGUUAUUUUGUAAAUGGGUCUCAAAUUCAUGAUAAGUUGUAAAUGCUCCUUUUUUAAUAAACGUUGAAAGAAAUUAAGGUAUACGUUUGAAUUGUGACAAAAAUAAUGUUCAAUAUGCCUAUUGUGUAUACUUUCAACCUCAGAAACUAAUACAUUAAUAAAUGAUUUUAUUAAUGCUAAUAAGUACAAGCCUAACUACAUAAUGAUUUAAAUUAAACAAAACAAUGACAAUUUUACUGUCAACUGUUACCAACAGAAAAAAAAAUAAUCAACGCUAUGAUUACUUUUUUCCAUAUUACUCAAAAGGUGCCUGUAUAAAGUAUAUUUUAGUUGUUGAUCGAUGCACCCAAUUAAAAUAGAGCAUACUCCUUUUUUUAAUUUUUUAUUAUUAUAUUUAAGCUUUUUUUUAAU